UUCUCUUGAUACCCUGCUUUUGCUAGCAAGCGAAUUGGAAAGAGAGUUGCAUUGCCUGUCGUACUCGAGAGUUACGUACGCAUUGAACCCCAGCACAACAAACGCAACCAUGUGUGGCAUUUUCGGAUACAUCAACUACCUGGUGGAGAAGGACCGCAGAUACAUUCUCGACACGCUCGUAAAUGGCCUCUCCCGCCUCGAGUACCGCGGAUACGACUCGGCCGGUCUAGCUGUCGAUGGCGACAAAAAGAACACGGUCUUCGCCUUCAAGGAGGUGGGCAAGGUGGCUAAGCUCAAGGGUCUCAUCGAGGAGUCCAAGCCAGAUUUCUCAAAAGUCUUCGACUCACAUGCCGGUAUUGCCCAUACGCGCUGGGCCACACACGGCCCGCCCUCGCGGCUGAACUGCCAUCCCCACCGUUCGGACCCCAACUGGGAGUUCUCCGUCGUCCACAACGGCAUCAUCACCAACUACAAGGAGCUGAAGACGCUGCUCACAGCCAAGGGCUUCAAGUUCGAGACCGAGACCGACACCGAAUGCAUCGCGAAGCUUGCCAAGUACCUCUACGACCAAUACCCUAGCAUUGGCUUCGUCGACCUCGCCAAGGCCGUCAUCAACGAGCUCGAGGGUGCCUACGGUCUGCUCAUCAAGUCGAUUCACUACCCCCAUGAGGUCGUCGCUGCUCGCAAGGGUUCGCCCCUUGUCAUUGGUGUCAAGACGCAGAGACGCAUGAAGGUAGACUUUGUCGAUGUUGAAUACUCCGAAGAGAACGGUGCCCUGCCUGCUGAGACCGCGGCCCAGAAUGCCGCCCUGAAGAAGGACUCGGGCGGCCUGUUGGCCCCCAACAAUACCCUCCUUGGUGCUCCCGACAAAUCGCUCCUCCACCGCUCGCAAUCCCGCGCUUUCAUGACCGACGAUGGCAUGCCCAUGCCCGCCGAGUUCUUCCUCUCCUCGGACCCCUCGGCGAUUGUUGAGCAUACCAAGAAGGUUAUGUACCUGGAGGACGACGACAUUGCCCACAUUCACGAAGGCUCCCUCAACAUCCAUCGCCUCAAGAAAGCCGACGGCAGCUCCAAUGUCCGAACCAUCCAGACCCUUGAGCUUGAACUCCAGGAGAUCAUGAAGGGUAAGUUCGACCACUUCAUGCAGAAGGAGAUUUUCGAACAACCCGAGUCCGUCGUCAACACCAUGCGAGGUCGUCUCGACGCUGAGAACCACACCGUCACCCUGGGUGGUCUUCGAUCCUACAUUGCAACCAUCCGCAGAUGCCGACGCAUCAUCUUCAUUGCCUGCGGAACUAGUUAUCACUCCUGCAUGGCUGUUCGUGGUAUCUUCGAGGAGCUUGCCGAGAUCCCUAUUGCUGUUGAGUUGGCCUCGGAUUUCCUGGACAGAGAAGCACCUGUUUUCCGCGACGACACGUGUGUCUUCGUUUCCCAGUCUGGUGAGACAGCCGACUCCCUCAUGGCACUGCGAUACUGCUUGGAGCGUGGUGCUUUGACCGUUGGCAUUGUCAACGUCGUCGGUUCUUCCAUCUCUUUGCUUACCCACUGCGGCGUCCACGUCAACGCCGGCCCCGAAAUCGGUGUCGCCUCCACCAAGGCCUAUACCUCCCAGUUCAUUGCCAUGGUCAUGUUCGCUUUGUCGCUUAGUGAAGACCGAGCGUCCAAGGUCCAAAGGCGUCGUGAAAUCGUCGAAGGCCUUGCCAACAUCUCAGCCCAGAUCAAGCAGAUUUUGGAGCUUGACCAAACUAUCAAGGAGCUGUGCAGGAACACUUUCAAGAACCAGAAGUCUCUCUUGCUUUUGGGUCGUGGCAGCCAGUUCUCUACUGCGCUUGAGGGUGCUCUCAAAAUCAAGGAAAUAUCCUAUCUUCAUUGCGAGGCUGUCAUGUCUGGUGAGCUGAAGCAUGGUGUGUUGGCUCUUGUUGAUGAGAACUUGCCCAUCAUCAUGAUUUUGACCCGUGACAACCUCUUCAAGAAGUCGCUCAACGCCUACCAGCAAGUUGCUGCCCGUGGUGGAAAGCCCAUCGUCAUCUGCAAUCCCAGUGACGAGGAGUUUGCAGCCAGCGAGGCCCAGAAGAUCGAAGUUCCUAAGACGGUCGAUUGUCUGCAAGGUCUCCUGAAUGUCAUUCCGCUGCAGCUGAUCGCCUACUGGCUUGCUGUCAUGGAGGGUCUCAACGUUGACUUCCCCCGAAACCUGGCCAAGUCGGUGACGGUUGAAUAAAGUGACGUCUUUGUAUGAAUAGACGAUGGUCUCGCAACAUGAAUAAAUGGAGUUGGACUGAAAAGGGUAUAACGGCCGGCUGAUUGGGAUUGGGAAGCGCAUGCCUGGCCCCAUCACCACAUAUAUUCCAGUGUCUCGUGUAAUUGGUACGGGAAAUGGUGAUGAUGGAUUGGUCAG